AACAAAGCUCUCUGCUAGGCAUGAUUAUUGUUUACACAAGGGAUAUAAUAAAAUCGUGACCUGCUUCUUUUUAUCAGAUGACAGAACUCCAAUACAAAUAUACUUUAACACUCUGCGGUCAAAGAGAGUAAUUUUUAAAGGAUCAGGAUACGAAUACUAUUCUUCAGAAACUGUUAUUGAAAACGGAAUUGCCAGUUGUACUGAUGCAAACUUUUUACAGUAAAUGUACAUUUGAAUGCUUGCUUAACUACGAAAUGGUCGGAAAGAAUUCUAUUUAUUGCCAUAAACAUGGUAAAUGGACCCCAUCUCAUACACCAACAUGCAAAAGAGAAAAAAUGUUCGGGAUUCAAGCACUUUUCGUCUUGAGUUUCAUCUCAGCGAUGUCGGCAUGUGAAUCGUGCACACAUAUUGAAAACGGCUUGCUCGAUUUUGGAAACUCCGACACUUACACGAAGGAUGGCAUAUAUAGGAGAAGUGUCCAAACUGUUCAGUUCGCUAGCUCCUACGGCUGUACACCUCCGACCGUCGUGCUAUCCCUGCUCAAUUUGGACAUGGACAACACCGCUAACACCAGGUACAAGGUGACACUAGGUGAGGUGACAGUCACCAGUUUUAAGGUGACUGUAGAAACCUGGGAUGCCACUCACAUCUGGUCAGCUAAAGUCAGCUGGGCAGCGUUUAGUAAAUAAAUGGCAAAAAAUCUUAUUUGACAGCAUGUGUUGUCAUGGUGACUUAACAUCAAAAUGGCACUAGCUUUGCAUGAAAAAAGUUACAUCCUGAUGAAUACUA